AUGAGUAUUCUUCGUCCGUUCAAAGCUACAGCUAUGUUCAAGUUCAACAACGUGAACUUGGAUAUCUGGACGGAAACGUACAGCAUUGGCUUCUAUCUGCAUUACCUUUCCCGCUGGCCUGACCUUUGCUAUGUUCAGGAAGCACCCAGUGGUCGUAUGAUGGGUUAUGUCAUCGGAAAAGCCGAAGGCCAAAGCACUGAAUGGCAUGGACACGUUACAGCUAUCACCGUCGCUCCUGAAUAUCGUCGUCUUUCUCUUGCCCGAAAAAUGAUGUCCCUCCUCGAGCUCGUCUCGGAUGAAAGUUACCGAGGUUUUUUCGUCGAUCUAUAUGUGCGGUGUAACAAUGCGGUCGCAAUCCAGAUGUACGAAGGAAUGGGGUAUGGCGUGUAUAGACGAGUGAGAGAAUAUUAUGGGAAUUUGGGUGUAGGGAAAGGUGGAAGAGACGAAGAGGAUGCAUUCGAUAUGCGGAAAUCUCUUUCACGAGACAGCGCACGUCGCUCAGUAAGGAGCAAUGGGCGAGAUAUAGUUGUUAGCGCACACGAAGUUCCGUAG